AUGGAAAACUUUUCUAAUUAUUUUAAUACUAAUGGUUCGGUCGUGGCUAAUGGAAAGACUAAUUCAUACCACAAAAGCGAUGUGUGCAUCAACGAUAGUUUACCGAAAGAGUUAAUCAUCAGGGUUUUUUCUUACUUAGAUAUCACUACUCUAUGCAAAUGCUCUCAAGUUUGUAAAUUUUGGUAUGAAUGUGCUUUUGAUGGGAGCAACUGGAAGAGUAUUAAUUUAUUUGACUUCCAGCGAUAUGUGCAGCCCAAAGUAGUUGAAAAAAUCGCUCAGAGAAGUCGCGGCUUCCUCCGUGAGUUGAGGUUGAAAGGCUGCCGAAAUGUUACUGAUGAGGCUCUAAAAUGUUUUACUGAACUUUGUCAUAUGAUUGAAAGUUUGGACUUAUCGGGAUGUCAAAACUUGACGAAUGGAACUUGCGAUUAUUUAGGGAAAAAUUGUUCUCUUCUGACUACUUUGUCCCUGGAAAGUUGCUCUCGUAUAGAUGAUGCUGGAUUAGAAAUGCUAAGCUGGUGUUCAAAUCUAACAUGUUUGGAUGUGUCAUGGUGUAGUGUUGGAGAUCGUGGGCUAACCGCUAUCGCCAGAGGAUGUAAAAGUUUACAAAGAUUUCGUGCUAUAGGUUGUCAAGAGAUAACAAGUCGUGGUGUGGAACAAUUAGCACGUCACUGCCAUGGUUUAUUGCUGUUAAACUUGAAUUACUGUGGACAGGGUGUCACAGAUGAAGCUAUGGUUCAUCUUUCCAUUGGUUGUCCUGAUCUACGUGUACUAGCUAUAUCACAUUGUUCAAUAACUGAUCAAGGUCUUCGUGCAAUUGCUGGCACAUUAUCGCCAGCUGCAGCAGCAGCUAUCGUUGGACAAGCUACAUCUACCAGUCAGCAAAAUGGGGUCCCUUUAAUUCUUCCGGUAGUAACAAGCAAUGGAAGCGUUAAUAAUCAAGAUGCUUCAUCACCAAACGGUAAUGUUAAUAAUCAUGGAGAUCGAGAUAAUAAUCGACGCCAAAAAACUAAUGAUUCUAAUAAGAUAACAUUGAUUCCAGUUGGAUGUGUUAGCUUAACAACUUUAGAAGUGGCUCGUUGUUCAGCUAUCACAGAUAUUGGCCUAUCGGCAAUCGCACGUGUUUGCAAUAAACUUGAAAAGUUGGAUCUAGAAGACUGUGCGUUAGUGACUGAUUCAACUUUAGCUCAAUUAGCUGUACAUUGUCCACGUUUAAAUACACUAGUAUUAUCACAUUGUGAUCAAGUGACUGAUGAAGGUAUUGCACGUCUAGCUGAAGGUCUUUGUGGUCCUGACCAACUUCAAACAUUAGCUAUGGAUAAUUGUCCAUUGUUAACAGAUGCUGCUUUAGAACAUCUGGGCAGUAAUUGCCGUAAACUUCGACAGUUGGAUUUAUACGAUUGUCAAUUGAUAACGAAACAAGGAAUCAACAGUUUAGAGGUUUUCCAAACUUUGUUAUUUAUGGACUUUUGCGGAUAACCGUUCAACUACAGUCAAACACUGCACUUUUAUUUUCUGACUAUAAUCUUCGACAGUUGAAUAGCGUUCUAACUAAAGCUUUUUGUGAUUUAUUGAACAGAAGUUUUUGAAGUUCAAGUAUAGACUUUUUCAUAUUUCCUUUUGAUAAAUAUAUGUUUCUAACCAGCCAUUUUAUUGCACCUAGUGAUAGGAUCUAGAAAAUGUAAUACAUUAUCAUGUUUAUAUUUCAGCCUCUAUCUAAUGUAGGGGUGUGCUUUUUUUAAAAAGAUAGUCACUUCAUAAAUUUGACUAUCACUAAUAUUCGUUUCAUUUAUUUUUACUUAACAUUUUGAUAAAAACUUUCCGAUUCUUUACUAGCUAACAGUAUAACCUAGUCUAAUGAUAAUGGUUCAAUACUUAAGGCAUCCGAUUUUCAGCCACGUUUGGCUUGAAAAACUAGAUUUCAUUACAAACGUCAUACAUAAAGUGUAGCUCGAAGCCAACUACAUCAAUGUGUACCUAACAAAUGAAUUGAUU